CACCGUGAAAACUCACGAGGGGAAUAUUUCGGGUGAUGUUUACGUCGCGACGCACGGUCUCCCUCUUCAAUUAAACAUGUCACAUUAUUAACUGACGAUAUGUUAUGGUGACGUCGUGAGUCCUGCGACAUAUCCCGAGUCAUUUAGCAAUAUGAAUUAAUUAUAUGGAUUGUUUCUUUGAAACAGACGAGUCAGCUAUUUAAUCAUGAAAACGUUACUGAAAUUCUCGAAACUGCUAGAAAUCUGACGGCAUCAAAAUGGACGAGUUUUUCAUAUCAACCGAAACGGCGACCGAAAGUAGUAUUGCGAAUAUAUCGGCCAUGUUUAACGAAUCCGAAUUCGAACGUAUGUCGAAUCAGUCGUCGUAUUCGGCGACCGUUCAAAAGACAUGGUUACGUCCGUGGACUUUCCUGAUCGCUCUGAAAACAACGGUAAUGGCGUUGAUAAUCGUAGCUGCUUUGUUCGGUAAUCUGCUGGUAAUAGUGUCAGUGAUGCGGCACAGAAAACUUAGGGUUAUAACGAACUAUUUCGUGGUAAGUUUAGCUUUAGCGGACAUGUUGGUCGCGAUAUGGGCGAUGUGUUUCAACUUCAGCGUCGAAAUAACAAACGGACAAUGGAUUUUCGGAUAUUUCAUGUGCGACGUCUGGAAUUCCCUGGACGUGUAUUUUUCCACUGCGUCCAUUUUGCACUUGUGUUGUAUAAGUGUUGAUAGAUACUUUGCCAUUGUGCAACCUUUGGACUAUCCGCUCAUCAUGACCAACGCGAGGCUGAUAAUGAUGCUCACGAUUGUGUGGUUUAGUCCAGCUUUGCUGUCGUUUCUACCGAUAUUCAUGGGUUGGUAUACCACAGGUGAACAUUUGGAAUGGAGGAAGCGUAAUCAUUCCGUUUGCGUUUUCGUGGUGAACAGAACAUACUCGGUGAUAUCGUCCAGUGUCAGUUUUUGGGUACCCGGUAUGGUCAUGAUCUUCAUGUAUUAUAGGAUUUACGUUGAGGCCGAUCGGCAGGAAAGGAUGUUGUACAGGAGCAAAGUGGCAGCCGCUUUGCUCAACAAACAUCUGCAAAUCAACGGCAUCUCGGCCGGUUUGACUUCGUUAAGGCAUUCGUUGGACGAAAGUUUCGAGGCAGAGAAAAACAAUGCGACUGCCGAUGCCGCCGCUUCCGAUCCGGGAACGUGCAGUAAAAUGAGGAGAGAAAGGAAAGCUGCCAGGACUCUCGGAAUUAUCGUUUCCGCAUUUCUGGCCUGCUGGCUGCCAUUUUUUCUCUGGUACGUGAUAUCGACCCUGUGCGGUAGCGAACGGUGUCACAGUCCCCCGUGGGUGGUGACACUUGUCUUCUGGGUCGGCUACUUUAAUUCCGCCCUCAACCCUCUCAUCUAUGCCUACUUCAAUCGCGAAUUCCGAGUAGCUUUCAAGAAGACGCUGCAAAGCUGCUGCCAGGUGACGUCGAAACUGGUCUGCUGGAGGUGGAAUACGAGGCGAGGAGAGGCUCCGAUCUCUUACAGUAACGCCUCGAGCGAGAUGCACGGAAAUAAUUUCGUCAGACCGGAAAACAGAAGCGAGGCGAUCGCGCAAAGGUUCAGCUACAACGUUUCUGAGGCUAUGGACGGAAAAAUCCCGUUAACAAUAAAAUGGAGCGGAAAAGAAUACGAAAUAUAUGUGUCGGAGAACGAUACCGUGGCGGAUUUAAAACGAGAAAUAUUGUAUAAGACUGCUGUAAGGCCAGAACGACAAAAACUAUUGAAUUUAAAACUUAAAGGUAAAGUAGCGGAUGAGGAAUGUCGAAUAGGUCACCUUAAAUUGAAGCCAGGGUUCAAAAUUAUGAUGAUGGGAUCUCUUGAAGAGGAUAUAGUUGAAGCCAACACUGCCCCUUCCAAUUUACCAGAAGUUGUAAAUGACUUUGACAUUGAAGAGGAAGAGAUUGCAAUUGAAAAUCAAGAAAUUUACCUUGCAAAAGUAAAUAGGAGAGUAAAAGAUUAUGAAGUAAAGAUGCUUAACGAUCUACGACCCGAUAAGAAAUUACUUGUAUUGGAUAUUGAUUAUACUUUAUUUGACCAUAGGUCAACUGGUCAAUCUGGUGCUGAGUUAAUGAGACCUUAUUUACAUGAAUUUUUAACCAGUGCUUAUGAACAUUAUGACAUUGUCAUUUGGUCAGCAACAAGUAUGAAGUGGAUCAUUGGAAAAAUGAAAUUACUAGGUGUGGACAAGCACCCUAGUUACAAAAUUGCAUUUUAUUUGGAUUCUGUUGCUAUGAUUUCAGUUCACACACCGAAAUAUGGUGUUAUAGAUGUAAAACCACUAGGAGUCAUUUGGGGCAAAUUUCCCCAAUUUUCUACUAAGAAUACUAUAAUGUUUGAUGACAUACGCCGAAAUUUUAUCAUGAAUCCCAAAAAUGGUUUAAGAAUCCGUCCAUUUCGAGAAGCACAUUUGAAUAGAUAUGCAGAUGAUGAACUUUUGAGAUUAUCCAAAUACUUGAAAGAUCUUGCAGACCAUUGUACAGAUUUUUCCUCUGUAAAUCAUAGACACUGGGAGAAAUACAAGCCAAAGAAAAAGCAUAGCAGAGAAAGAGCUGAAAAUUAGGUUUUCCCUUUGUUUAUACAUUCGGAUGUUAGAAUAUGUUAAGAUUGACAUGUAUGUAAUAUACGAAUAAAAGAUCAGGACGCUUUCAAAUAAAUAUAUUUUUAAAAAGUUUUUUCUAUGUUUAAAAAUAGGUCCAAUGUGACAUUUUUUUUUGUAUGAAAAAUAAGAGAGAUUAACCAAUUCCCAGAUUUAAAAUUAGAA